AUGCUCGUUCUGUUGGCUGCAGGAAACGCUGCGGAUGUCGAACGGCGUCUGGACGCACUGGACACUUGUUUAGAGACCAUAAAACACGACAUCAAGCAGAUAAAGCUGAACCUACAGGAAGUCAAAGAAAGGGAAGAUUCCUCAAAAGGGAAUGAAGAUGAAGUCGCAAAAGAGGCCGAUGCAAUUCGAGAGGUCUCUCUGAAGUCACUGGUCGAGAUGAGAGAAGAGCUCCAGAAUGUCGUGGACAAGAUGCCAGCACUUUUCGUGGAAACAUUCGGGAAAUUCAAAACGGAGAUCUCGGAAACUGUGCGGUCUCAAACACAGGAGUUGACCUCAGCAAACAAGACAGUUUCUUCUUCCCCUCCGGAGAAGACCCUGAAGCUUGACGGAAAAGAACGUGAGCACGUGGUCACGAGUCCGCUGCAGCAGAAAAUAACAAGCUUCUUACCAGUGGUCAAAAGGUCCAGCGGUGGGGCGCAAAAACGUUCCUCCCCUAGGUCAAGGUGCUGUACAAGGUCACUCUCCUACAAGUGCCGACAGAGAAGCUCGGCGGAGCUCAGUAAGAACCACCAAGACGAUUCCACAAAGAAGCAGCCAACUGCCUGA